AUGAUCAGCUCGUUGUUAAAGCUGUUUCACAAAGACAAACCAUCCGAGUGGACAGCCGAAAGGGAUCAAGCCUUCAACCACCUAAAUGCAUGCGUAGCCGAAGCCCCAACAUGCCUACGACUGCCCAAUCCAGAUGAGAGAUUCACUGUGCUAGUCGACGCAACUAACGUGGAAAUCGGUGCGGUAUUGUCCCAACCGGGUGGGGUGAUGGAAUAUGCUAGUAGUGUACUGACAGUGGUGGAGCAGAAUUAUUUCACGACAGAGAAAGUAUGUCUGGCCAUUGUGCGGGCCUUGGAGAAAUGGAGAACUUACCUCCUAGUGACUGAAUUCCAGGUCGUCACUGACCACAAGCCGCUUUCAUGGUUGAUGACAGAAAAAGACCCACGGGGACGCCUUGCCUGACGGGCAUACCGACUGUAAGCUUAACUUAACCAUCGAGCACGUAGACGGAACGCAGAACAUACUACCCGAUAUGGUGUCAGGCCCGUCCUUAGACGACCUCAAGCCGGACGACGAGAUUCCGGUGCGUGCGCUCACAGUGGAGGAGAAGAACCUGCUGGGAGAUCAAAAGACAGAUAAAUUCCUGAAGUUAACGUGCUCUCACUUACAGACUGGCACUAAGCCAGUGGCCAUAUCAAGAGAGAUGGAUGAACUCCUUAGGAUCU